UGGGCGGCAGGACUCAUCCCGCACCUCCGCAAAUCCCAGCGCGAUGCCGCUCAAGAAACCCGACCCGAAGAAGGAAGCAGCCAAAGCAGCUCCAGGCUCUGAGCCUGCCUUCGAUCCCAAGAGCGUGAAGAUUGAAUUCACGGCAGAGCAGAUUGAAGAGUUCAGAGAAGCCUUCGGGCUGUUUGACCGGACGCCUGCGGGGACGAUGCAGAUCAGCUACGGACAGUGCGGGGACGUCCUCCGAGCGCUCGGCCACAACCCCACCAACGCAGAGGUCCUCAAGGUGCUGGGCAAGCCCAAACCAGAAGAAAUGAACACAAAGAUGCUGGACUUUGAGACCUUCCUCCCCAUCCUGCAGCACUUCACCCGCAACAAGGAGCACGGCACCUUUGAGGACUUUGUGGAAGGGCUGCGUGUGUUCGACAAGGAGGGCAACGGGAUGGUGAUGGGGGCAGAGCUGCGCCAUGUGCUGGUCACACUGGGAGAGAAGAUGACAGAAAGCGAGGUGGAGCAGCUCAUGGCAGGGCAGGAAGAUGCCAAUGGCUGUAUCAACUAUGAAGGUAGGAGCAGGAGAUUCCCAUUGGGGCCAUCUCAGACACAGCUGUCUUAGAGCGCAAAAUGCAUCCUCCGCAAGGGCUCUGGUUGAACUUGAUGAUCUUAAUGGUCUUUUCUAACCUUAAUGAUUCCAUGAUUCUGUGACAUUCACGAUCACUGGAAGGGAGGUGUGGACCACCCUCCAAAACAAAGCCUUUCCAAAAAAGCACUGAGACAUGUCAGCUGGGGUGGGAGCAAGGUGGUUGUGCCAGUGAUUUCCAGGAAAAGCAGCUGAAGACAGCAUGUUUCCAAGGAGUUCAGGGCUGUUUUAUCUACAGUUUUGGCACUGUUUUGUUGCAAGCUAUUGAAAAUAAACAAAGCCAGCAUCUUUCCCAGCAGAGGCUAAUUGGGAACAUUUGGAGACCUGGAUCGCUCGCUGCUCCAAGAGGGUGAA